GAAGAGACAGAGUGCAGAUUUUAAAUGCUUAUAUCUUCUGGAAAUGAAUUUUGUCAACUAGCAUAUAUCUCUAUUAGACCUUAAAGUUAAUAGAUAUAGACAAAAAGCAGCAAAACUUUCAUUCUGAUUUCACAGGAUCUGUAAGUACCACAUUUAUUUAGUUCUUAUCAGCAGCAUCAUUUUCAAAUAAGAGCAGGUAAAGAGACAUUAGAAGGCCAUAUACUACAUCUAAGAAAACGUCAACCAUAUUUUUUUACACCCAUCGCUGCCUGAAAGAACUGUUCAAAACAUUUAUAUUGAUUUCUGUUUGUAUUUGUAGCUGUGAUGUUCCCCAGUGUAAAACUUUUGUUUUCUGCAGUGACUCCUUUCAAAAAGCCUACUGUUAGGAAAACACGGAGCAAAGGACUUCCCCCUUUAAUGAGGAUUGUUGUGCUGGGGACGAAUGCUUCAGAAAACAGUCGAGUGGGAAACUUCCUGUUAGGAAGAGCAGCGUUUGAGACUGAAGAACCUCCAGAUGUUGUAGAGAGAGUUGGAGGAAAACACAUGACUGUCAUCAACACUCCAAACAUCUCACUCCAUCAGAUGACACAGAGAGUGAGAGAGUGUGUGUAUCUGUCUGCUCCAGGACCUCAUGUGAUCCUUCUGGUACUGAAACAUGAUCAGUGUUCAAGAGAAGAGAAAGAGUGUGUGGAGAUGCUGCUCAACUCUUUCUCUCACAGUGUUUUUCAACACACCAUGAUGAUCACCACACAAGAGUCACACACUCAAGUCAAUGACAUUAUACAGGAAAUCAUUGAUAAAUGCAACAACAGACACUUCAGACUGGAGAGAAACAGCACUCCUGCUCAACUGAUAGAGAAAUGUGAAGAGAUUGUACACAGUAAUGGAGGACAACAUCUGAUCUGUACUGAAUAUGAAAGUUCACAGUAUUUCACAAUGGAACAACAGGACAGAGAAAGAGUUUCUAUGAAGACAUAA